AUGCUGCUGCUGGAACGCUGCGGUGCCUAUCCUGCUGCAGCAAAUGCCGAGGCGCUGAACGACCGAAGGCAAGUUCCCACUCAGACGGGUCAAACGGAGGAGAUGAAAGCCUGCAGCAGCAGCAGCAGCAGCAGCAGCAGCAACAGCAGCCAGUGCAACCGCAGCAGCCAAAGCAGCAGCAUCAGCAGCAACAGAAACAGCAGCAACUGCUACGCCAGCAUCGUCACCCCCAGCAGCAGCAGCAGCGAUACCAGCAGAGCCCUGCCCCGAACGGCAGCAGCAACAACAGCAGCACCUUCCCACGACGCGAAAGCCUGCAGCAGCAGCAGCAGCAACAGCAGCAGCAGCAAGUGCAACCGCAGCAGCCAAACCAGCAGCAUCAGCAGCAACAGGAACAACAGCAACUGCUACGCCAGCAUCGUCACCCCCAGCAGCAACAGCAGCGAUACCAGCAGAGCCCUGCCCCGAACGGCAGCAGCAACAACAGCAGCACCUUCCCACGACGGCCAUCAACAACAGCAGCAACAGCAGCAGCAGCAACAGCAGCAGCAGCAACAGCAGCAGCAGCAACAGCAGCAGCAGCAGCCAGCAGCAGCAACAGCAACAGCAGCAGCAGCAGCAGCAGACCUCAUAGGAUGGGGCUGCGAGAAGAGCUUGAUAGGGGUUUGA